AUUCGAACAAAGUCGUCUUACGCUACAUUCCCCAAUCAUUCCAUAGUGAGCACAUGGAAACAUUUCGAACCGUGAUUGACCACCUUUAAAACAAGGUAAAACUGAAAGCGUUGGAAAUAGAUUUUCCAGGCUAUUCCUUGGAGGGUCUGGGAACAAUUAAAAGCCUCAUAAGCCUUCGUUUAAAUGUUUGGAUGGAUAUUGAUGAUUUGGUCGAAAUCUGCCGCUUGAACAAAAACUUGCGCGAGCUGGCAUAUAUGAAUAAUGAAACGGGAGGAAAAAGACUGGCUGUGAUCGCCCCGCACUGCCAACAGUUGAGAGAACUGGAGUUUAAAAUGAGACCCGACUGCGAUGCAAGCGAAUACAGGCCUUUGGCUAAGAUUCCCAAACUGAAGCACUUAAAAAUCGCAGGCGUGCACGAGAAGGGCACUCUUCAUCCUUUGCUGAAUGAAUUGGCCUGCAAGAAGCUCAAAGUCUUGCGUAGUUUGUCCAUAGACGAUGCCCCAGUAGACGAAAAAGAGACGCAGGCCAUUGCCCAGAUUGAAACAUUAACCAGCGUGCAGUGUGCAUUUGAAAAUCCCCAGAGCAUUGGGCAGUUGUCGCAACUGCCCAAACUCAACCAAUUGGUAAUACUGUCUAGACACGACUUUGGGUCGAUAUCCGAGCAAGUUCUGAGCAUUCUAAAGAAGUCAAGCGAAGAAACGAAUAUUCAGCUAUUUUAUUCGAGAAUAUCUUGUACUGCGAAUUACUCCGACUACGGUUUGCUUUCGACUCUGCCAGGCUUGUCUUCGCUUGAUAUUAACGGAUCGUCCCAAACAGGUAAACUUAAGCCGUUUCUAAAUGGAUUGGCAUUCGGGAAGGAACCUAAUUUGACGCACUUGUCUUUGGAAAGCAUCACGGCAGAAGAAAUCGCUAUAGUGUCUGAAAUAACAUCCCUAAGGACAUUAGAAUGUGGAUUUGACGAAACAGAAAAUACUGAGCUCCUAGCGAAAAUAUCCAUGCUCGAAGAAUUGAUUAUUUUAUGUGUGCCAUCUGGAGGGUCCCUCCAGCCCCUCCUGGCUGCUUUGGCUUCGAGGAAGUCGCAGACCCUCAAAAAGUUUUCCUUGAGAGGACGAAUGAUCGAUCCCUUCGAGGCAAAGGAACUGGCGCGCCUAAGAUCUUUGCAAAUUUUGAAAUGUCGGUUCGCUGAUUCUAUGGCCAUCCAGCUCCUGUCUCAACUAACCGAACUCAAGGAGUUGUUUCUGAAGGCGAAGGAAAUGUUCGCCAAGAUAUCGCCUGGGAUUCCACCAGUUGUAAAUUCCUGCAAAAAGUUAGCCAAAAUUUACAUCGAAAUUCAUCCCCGCAACACUGAGUCCUGCCUUGUCGACAUGAAGUCGUCUGAAAUCCUCGUCGAAAUGUUGGAGGCCUGUCAAGAUGAAAUUUAUAUACGGAGCCAGAAAAGCCGCAUAUCGUUCAAACGGGGGAAAAAAACAUUAAACGUAGAUAUGAAGUUCUUUAUAGAAAACAACCUUGCGAUACAACCUCUGGCCCGCCUUGAAGCCGUAAACCAUAUCGUAAUAAAAGGACGCCGUAAAGCUGGCUCAUUGAGAGAGUUCUUUGCCGCUCUGGCGAUGAAAAAAAAUCACGAUUUGCAGAGUCUCUGCAUAACCGACAGCUCGCUCGAUUUCAGUGAGACUACGGAGUUGGCCAAUAUUACUUCGUGGACGAGCUUCAGAGGCGUCCUCUCCAAUAAACGAAGCUACCAGCAUUUACUUAAUUUAAGCGAUUUCCAAAUUCUAGAAAAUGGCACCGCUGACAGGUUACAUUUACUUAAUUUAAGCGAUUACCAAAUUCUAGAAAAUAUCACCGCUGACAGACACAUAAUAUUCGAUAAGAGCACUGGAACAUUGGACUUUGUGAGAAAAGGCUCCAAACUUGACUUUCCCAAUGCCUUUGACCUACAUUUCAUAGCUAGCCUGCAGAAUUUACGGCACGUGAGUAUUCGUGGAUCCUUCAUAUGGAGUAACAUGCAGAAUUUCUUCUACCAACUGGCCACUUGGCAAGGCGAGACUCUGGAGAAAUUGAGAGUGGACCUUUCUUACGAAAUAAGCAGUGCAGAUCUGAGGGAAUUGAGAAAAAUGAAUUCUCUCCGAACCCUGUCAUGCCGUAUAUCCUGGGUCAAGGACACAGAAAUAGAACAGCUGGCUCAAUUUCCCCAGCUAACAACGCUGAUUGUGGGCUCCCAUCAAACAGGCUCAUUAAAGAACCUUCUUGAAAAUCUGGCCGCCAAGGAGUGCCCCACCCUAAAAUACCUGUCCGUAAAAGGCGACGGUCUCACCCCCCAAGAGGUGGCCGGAGUAUCCGCUAUAAGCUCUCUGAAGGGACUCGAGUGCGCGUUCUACACCACAGAAGGCCUCAAUGUCUUAGCUAAGCGAUCCAGCAUCGAGGAUCUGGUCAUAACAGCAAGGAAAUGUGACACCUCUCUGGUAGAUCUGCUCAGUGCUUUUGCGAAUUCUGGCGAAUCAAAGCUCCAUAAUUUGGUUAUCGAGGGUCCGACAGUCAAUCAGGAUCCGUUUACCGCAUUUGAUCUGGUUUCUCAAAUUCCGAGACUGAAGUCCUUGACGCUCCCAGUGAUAGAUACCCAGGGGAUUGAGGUAUUGGCCGAGGCUUCGCACCUCGAAGAGUUGAGAAUCACCUCUGGCCCCAAAAGGGGUUCUCUAGAAGAUCUCUUUCGGGCACUUUCCUUGAAGGCUACACCAAAAUUAAAGAAGUUGGUUUUAGAGCACACUGUCAUCGACGAUGAAGAGGAUUGGAAGCUCGUGCAGGUUGAUUCAAUCAUAAGUCUAGUGUGUGGCUUUAAGGACGAAGAGCGCCUCUUUCUCUUGGCUAAAAUGACUAAUCUCGAGAGUCUGGAAAUCACUUCCGAACAUUUAUUUCCAAAUAUUUCUACGCAAAUUCUUGAGAUCUUCCGACAAUGUCGAAAACUCAAGACUAUCCAUUUGGGCAGAACACUCUGCAUAGUCAGACAUGACUUCCUGAUAAGUUCACUAAACAUACUGAAAUCAGUGAGAGAUCCUUCGACCCAAGGUCCUUUGGAGAUGCAGAUAUCCCCUAUCCCUUAUCGCUCUAUGCGACCACCUUAUCAACUAGAAGACGAGAUGGUUGGCAUCGAUGAAGCGUAUUUAAUUGUCACCAUUGUAUAUGAGAAUGUACAAGAGCUAGUAAGAGAGCGAGGAAGACAUCCAAAAUAAAUAUUUCUCACAAAGCGUGUGAAAAGCCGUCAUAAACGCAAUAAAUCAACGGAUGGAAUAAAGCGCGUAUACGCAGUGUUGUCCGUGCGAUGCCAUGAAAUGCACACUCUAGGUUUAUAUUAUUUAAAUUAAGUCAGUAAAGUAGAAAAUAGAUUCAUUAAUUGGAUAAAAUGAUGUGUGCAGGGCUGAGAGAAGAGAUCUAGAUAGCUAGUAAUAUUCCACGGAAUAUACAAGUCGAGGAAUAUAGAAGGACGAGACGGUAUAUUUCUGAGCGAAAAAUCGGCGUGAUGAUGUGGGAAACAGAUAGUAAAAUAAAAGAAAAAAGAAUAAACACAUACCGAUUGCAAUAGCCUUGCAACUGUUGAUGAAUUUUCCACUUGGCGCUCUUAGGAUCUACGACGUAAAACGACAAAAAGGAGAGCAAGGCCAGCAAGAAGGAUGCGAGUGAUGCUGCAGAUGUCUCUGACAGUGGCAGUGGGGCAAUCGAAGGGGCAACUUAAUCGAAUAUAGCCCUAAGUUGAAUCAUGUUAAAUAAUAUGUUAUCUUAAGCUUAAACUUAGUAUAUCAUUUUGUUGUAAGGAUCGAAAACUCCACACACUAAUCUACAUACACAAAGAAGUCAGCAUGUUAA